AUGGCAGUUGACGAGAAGAAGCUGGACGUUGCCGACGAGGCUGUUCAGCCGACCUCCAGUAAUGGCGAGGGGAAGCAGAGCUCCUUAUCGCAGCAUCGUCCCCUAUCGCGGGCGUUGAAGGGGCGGCAUAUGCAGAUGAUUGCCAUCGGAGGCUCCAUUGGUGCUGGCCUCUUCGUCGGAACUGGAGGAGCCUUGAGGACCGGUGGUCCGGCAGCUCUGCUCAUUGGCUUCAUCAUCAUCGGGUGCAUGAUGAUGUGCACCGUCCAAGCCCUCGGAGAACUAGCCAUCAUCUACCCGGUCAACGGAGCCUUCUACGAGUAUGCCGUGCGAUUCAUCGAUCCGGCCUGGGGCUUUGCAAUGGGCUGGGAAUACUCCAUCGGUUGGAUGGUAACCCUCCCUUUUGAGAUCACCGCUGCUGGAAUAACCAUCGAGUUUUGGAAAAGCAGAGAGGAGGUUAACCCGGGAGUCUGGUGCGCCGUCUUCAUGACCCUCCUGAUUGUGAUUCAAGUCUUUGGUGUUCGAGGAUAUGGAGAAGUUGAAUUCAUCCUCGCCAUCGUCAAGAUAAUAGCCUGCAUCGGCUUCAUCAUUCUCGGCAUCAUCAUCAACACAGGCGGCGUCCCGACCGAUCCCCGUGGCUAUAUCGGGGCCCAAUACUGGCACGACCCAGGCGCCUUCCGCAACGGAUUUCAGGGCUUCUGCUCCGUCUUCGUGACUGCCGCAUUCUCCUUUGGUGGCACAGAGAUGGUAGGCCUCGCUGCCGCUGAGGCAGCCAACCCCCGCAAGACUCUCCCCAAGGCUUCCCGGCAGGUCUUCUGGCGCAUCACGCUCUUCUACAUCCUCAACAUCUUCAUCAUGGGCCUCAUCGUCCCGUCAGACAGCGACGUCCUCCUCGGCGCAAGUGGAGCCAACACCAAAGCCUCCCCGUUCGUGCUCGCGGUCCAGCUAGCUAGGAUCGAGGUCCUCCCUCACAUCAUCAACGGCGUCAUCACCCUCGCCGUCAUCUCCGUCGCAAACUCCUGCACCUACGGCUCCACGCGCGUCCUCCAAGCCCUCGCGCAAUCAGGCCGCGCGCCCGCCAUCUUCGCGCGCGUCGACAAGGACGGCCGCCCCAUCUACUGCGUCGCGCUGCAGGUCGCCUUCGGCUUCAUCUCCUUCAUCACCAUCGCCGCCGACGGCAAGACCGUCUUCAGCUGGCUGCUCGCCGUCACGGGCCUCUCGGGCCAGUUCGCGUACGCGAGCAUCAUGUUGGCGCACAUCCGCUUCCGCAAGGCGUGGCGGCUGCAGGGCCGCAGUCUGGAUGAGAUCCCCUGGCGCUCUGCCCUGGGCGUGGCUGGAAGCUAUGUGGGCGUGUUCCUGGUGGUGUGUUCGCUGAGCGCGACGUUUUACUCGGCUUUAUACCCGGUUGGCGGAAGCCCGAAUGCCGAGUCGUUCUUCCAGAGUUAUAUGGCGGCGCCGAUUACUCUUGCGCUAUUUCUCUUCUGGAAGGUGUACACGAGAGAUUGGGGCUUUGGAGUUGAUCUGCGGAGUAUUGACCUGGACAAGGGCAGGCGGCGGGAGGAGGAGCUGGAGGUUUAUGAAGUUGACGAGGUUGAGAAGAAGACUCCGAUGUGGAAGCGAAUUCUGGGUUUCUUCUUCUGA